AAGGGCUCUAUUACCCUUUAAUACAAGUCUCUUGACUACUCCCACAUAGUGCCUACACUAAGCUCUCACUCACACAGGUGAGCUGCUAGACGCUCUCCCCAGUACUCAACAGGUCCACCAUGGGUCGCAUCCUGUGUGCGUUUGUUGGUGCUGUUGUCAGGUUUGGUGUUGUUAUGGCGCUUGGGAACAGAAUUGACAUUGUUAUUAUUGGUUUUGUUGUUUGUAUUUCUGGGUCCGGUGUGUUGUUUCGUGAUAUGAUCUUGAAUAGCGUUGCUUGUCUGCUGCUCCUGAGGGUCUCUGGUGUGCUGGGUCUGCUUUCUUCCUCCUUUAUUGCUUCUGCUGCUCUUCUUAUGAAUCUUCCGCGUAUGUCCCGUGCGUGUUGGCUGCUACUGCGGUUCUUGUCUGCCACUUUUGCAUCUUUUUCCUUCUUCUCUAUGUGUUGCGUGUGUCAAGAUUUGCUCUUGUCACCAGAGGGACUAGUGGCCCGAUGCAACGGAUCAAUGAUGCUUGCAUGUGUGUGUCUACCCUGAGCCUAUGUGAUCCGCC